UGAGAGCUCUGCCUGUGUGACUGAUCCAGCCUACCGAGGGGCUGGAGAUGGCCAGACUGACGGAGAGAGAGGCGAGGAGGCAGCAGCAGCAGCAUCCCCCGCAGCAGCAGCCCCGAGCCUGCCCCAUGAGCGGCCCCGAGCUCCCUGCUCAACAAUCGGACAGCAUGAAGGACCUAGACGCAAUCAAACUGUUCGUGGGGCAGAUCCCUCGCAACCUGGAGGAGAAAGACCUGAAGCCUCUGUUCGAGCAGUUCGGCAAGAUCUACGAACUCACAGUGCUCAAAGACCGCUACACGGGCAUGCACAAGGGCUGUGCCUUCCUUACGUACUGUGCAAGAGACUCUGCAAUCAAAGCCCAAACGGCUCUCCACGAGCAGAAGACACUUCCAGGAAUGGCACGUCCCAUCCAGGUGAAGCCAGCAGACAGCGAAAGCCGAGGGGGUGACCGCAAGCUGUUUGUGGGGAUGCUGAGCAAACAACAGUCUGAAGAGGAGGUGACCAGCAUGUUCCAAGCUUUUGGUUCAAUUGAGGAAUGUUCGGUUCUGCGGGGACCCGAUGGGAGCAGCAAGGGAUGUGCAUUUGUCAAGUUCUCAUCUCAUGCAGAGGCACAGGCAGCGAUACACGCUUUACAUGGAAGUCAGACAAUGCCGGGGGCUUCAUCCAGCUUGGUGGUAAAAUUUGCAGACACAGAUAAGGAAAGAACACUGCGUCGCAUGCAGCAGAUGGUUGGACAAUUAGGCAUCUUUACUCCAUCACUGGCACUACCCAUUAGCCCAUAUAGUGCCUAUGCACAGGCGCUGAUGCAGCAGCAAACCACAGUUUUGUCCACUUCACAUGGUAGUUAUUUGAGCCCUGGUAUGGCAUUUCCCCCAUGCCAUCUUCAGCAGAUUGGAGCUGUUAACCUGAAUGGACUCCCUGCCACACCCAUCACGCCAGCAUCAGGACUCCACUCACCCCCUGUCAUUGGAACAACAGCUGUCCCAGGUCUUGUUGCCCCAUUAACAAAUGGGUUUCCAGGUCUUGUACCCUUUGCCAGCAACCAUCCUGCCCUGGACACUAUAUACACCAACAGCAUUGUGCCGUACCCAGCCCAGAGUCCUGCACUAACAGUGGAGAGCUUACAUCCUUCCUUCGCAGGAGUACAACAGUACUCAGCCAUUUAUCCCACGGCAGCUCUCACUCCUGUGACACAUAGCACCCCACAGCCUCCACCUAUCCUCCAGCAACGGGAAGGGCCAGAGGGCUGCAAUCUAUUCAUCUACCAUCUACCCCAAGAGUUUGGAGAUAACGAGUUGACACAGAUGUUUCUGCCUUUUGGAAACAUUAUCUCUUCAAAGGUGUUCAUGGACAGAGCAACUAACCAGAGCAAAUGUUUUGGCUUUGUCAGUUUUGAUAACCCAUCCAGUGCUCAGACAGCCAUCCAGGCAAUGAAUGGCUUCCAGAUAGGAAUGAAAAGGCUGAAAGUCCAAUUAAAGCGACCCAAGGACACAACCCAACCAUACUGACCAAUUGCAGUUUUGGGUUCCAUGGAGCCCAUCCCACUCAUACAGGUACACAAAGGACCUUUGACACCAAAAUCCUACAUACAGGAUUAUGGUAAACAAGACUUUUACACUAAACACUCCCUCCCACCCCUCUAAACCUCAUGACCUUUACCCCCACCUACCCUUAAGGACCAAUCGGUGGCAAUGGGGAGGAGCAGGAAGAACCAAGCUACCUAAACACAAGGUUGUGUCUUGUGAGUGUUCUAUGUCUGUCUGCUGAAUGCCGGGGGUGGCUACCAUUGAUGGAGUGUGAACAAUCACCUGCCGACCUCCCCAAAGUGACCAAAGGGGGGAGGAAAGGACAGUAUUCUUGUCACUGACUCUCAGGAUGGCAGGUCUGCUCCCCUCCCCCCAUUUGAAUGGCUACAGAUUUGCAAUGCGAAGAACUAUCUUUUUUUCUUUAUUUAUAUGAACGUAUUUAUUUAUUGGGGAGGCCCUAUACACCUCAAAACCCCUCUUCUGCUCACAGAGAAGGUGAGCAGCAGUGGAUGGUGGGUAAUUCAUCUUUAUAUUUUGUCUCUUUUAAAUGUUCUGUUUUGUGGAGGACAGGGUGUUCUUGGUGGGCAGGAGUGGAUGAAAACAAAGUUCACGUUUACAGAGCUCCCUACCAUCCCAAGGCACAAAUCCUUUCUCUGCUGCUCUUACAUCUGGGCUAAGUUAAAGGGCUGGACUUUCUCAUCUGCUCCAAAACCCUAUAUUGCAUCUCAUGUAUUUGGGAAAGGGAUAAGUUACUUAGUGUUUUGGGGUAGGGGGAAUCUGCAGGGUAAAACUUGAUUUGCAACCAUAUCUCGCUCCAGAGUUGUAUGUCUCCCAACUGAAGUGAUGUAGAGGUUGACAAGUCUCUUGUCAGUCACCUAUAAGAUGGUUGAAUGAGUCACAUCAUCAUUGAGAAUAUGCUGCACUGUAGUUAGUGCUGAGUGUGUAUAUGUCCAUCAUAGUUAUCUAUUUUUAAAACAUAAGAGCCCCUCCUCUUAAAUCUAUGAUAUGGUAAUCAAUAAAGGUAAGCAGUAAUCCCUCAACAAAAAUAGGAACUUUAAAAAGUUAAUUUGACAUAUAUCUUUAUAAAAGGUACACAUUAUAUUGAUAUGGGGGAAUAAGUACUUUUAUAUAUAUUCAGCUAAUGCAUACUUGUUUUUUGUAAACCCUAGCAUAAACAUGGAAAGCAAUUGGAAGGUAUUAAGGUGCGCCUACCCAGUACGAACUCACAGGCCUCUUCUAGCUACAAGAGUAUGAAGCCAUUAGAGACCAUACAGCUUGGAAGUGAUUAAAUUUCCUUCAUAUGUACAUACUGUACAGUGUUAUUGCAAGAAAUUGGAUUUUAAAAGGAAGGUGUAUAGUAGAAGCUGAGGGGGACCUUGCAAACAUUGAAUGCUUGGGCCUAUGUGCAGCCAUUCUUGCAGUAGAAAAACAGAUUGAGAACUGAGCAGGUACAGAUUCAAGGCUUUAUUUUGUGUGAUGAGGAAAGAAGAUCGAGCUGCAUUUUUCCUGUUUAAAUUGAACCUAGACAAAUCUUCCUUAAAGAAAUAUACAAAAUAAGGUUUUUCCUGACAUUUUUUCCACCCUUUAAUCUAUCAAGCCCUCAAGGUGACAGCCAAACCCAAGAAUGUGGUGUCAUUGCAUCUGUAGUCUCUUGUAAAUACCAUUUUUAUACUUCAAACAUUCCUUGUCUCAGAUGUGAAUAGAAGGAAGCCCCCGGUAAAGCACAACAAAGAAUAAUGGGGCUUCUGGGCUGGUUUCACCUCUCUCCAGAUCUUUGCAACUGCGGUAGGGCUACUUUGACAAGGCCAUUGGAGCCCCUAGAGAGAUUUCUGUGUCACAAAAGUGGUUGUUUUUUAAUGGAUGAUGUCCGUUAGCCAAGUAGCAGGGUCCCUCUCCUUCUUUGCAAGGUCUCUGAAAGGCGCUAUAUGUGUAUAUAGAGAAAAAUAUAUAUAUCUAUGCCCUGAAUAGGAAGACAGACUACUUUUAAUCAUUCCAUGAGGGGGAGGGACUGCAAAUAUAUGGUGUUGCAAUUAUUUGCUGUGACUGCAGAACAGUGGACUAUGUAAGAUUUAUUGGCUAGGUGUCAACCCUACACUCUUUAAAAUCAAAGGUCCAAACAAUUCUGUUUCCUAAAUUUCUCCCAGAGAGGGGAUGGUUGGGGUAACUUAUGCUGACAGUGAUACAAUGCAAAAAAAAAAAAAAUUAUAUAUAUGUUUUAAAUUGGUAAGUUGGUAAUUCUCUCAGACAAGAAGAGAAAAAAAGCACAGGGUGUCCUCUUUAUCCUUAGAGACACCAAACUAAGUGUCAGAGGAACAGGGUUUAAUCAACAUUUAGCACAUCCAUGCCAUUUCCCACAUCACAUCUCCAAGGACCACAUCAGUCUGGUUUUAACUUAAAGCAAAUCUAUAUAUUUAAAAAAAAAAAAAGUGCAGAGUGUAUUUGAGACAGCUACCAGUAGUAGUGUGCAACAGAUUGGGGCUGUGAAAGAUAUAUGAAACAUAUCCUAAGAUUUUGAAAGUUAAAUUGGAACCAGAGGAGUAAGUUACACAUUGCACUUCUGCCAUGCGGGCAAGCUCCUUUAUGAGUCACAGCCUCCAGAUGCUUCACCCAGACCGCACAUCACCUGGGUGCAUAGGAGAUGGAAUCUGUGUUGAAAUAACCAGGUGUUCAGAAAACCUGAUGUUUACGAAAGAAUUAAACCUUAAUUCUUAAA